CGGCCGAGCGUGAGUGUAGGCAGGUCUGGGAAGAAGUGGGGCUUGAGACGCUCCCGCGCACGCGAGCCUUCUUUCCGCCACUACUUGGUUACGCGUGGUCGCGCUCUCCGCCGUUCGCGCCUCUCGAACAGGCCGCCGCUUCCGCCGUUCCGCGAGUGAAAAGCAGACACGCCGCGAGGCCGCCGCCGCCGCCGCUGCCGCCACCGCCAUGCCCAAGAAUAAAGGUAAAGGUGGAAAAAAUAGACGCAGAGGUAAGAAUGAGAAUGAGUCCGAAAAAAGAGAACUUGUGUUCAAAGAGGAUGGACAAGAGUAUGCUCAAGUAAUCAAAAUGUUGGGGAAUGGACGACUAGAGGCAAUGUGUUUUGAUGGCGUAAAGAGGUUAUGCCAUAUCAGAGGGAAACUGAGGAAAAAGGUUUGGAUAAAUACAUCAGACAUUAUAUUGGUCGGCUUACGAGACUACCAGGAUAAUAAAGCGGAUGUCAUUUUAAAAUACAAUGCAGAUGAGGCCAGAAGCCUGAAAGCAUAUGGCGAGCUUCCAGAACAUGCUAAAAUCAAUGAAACUGAUACCUUUGGUCCUGGAGAUGAUGAUGAAAUUCAGUUUGAUGACAUUGGAGAUGAUGAUGAAGACAUUGAUGAUAUCUAAACUGAACUCAACACAGUACAUUCCGACUUUUUUGAGGACUGUUUAACAAUUUGGCUAUUGGUUGUGACCUGGUAGAGAAUAUUCAAGUUUUAUUAGUUUGAUUCCAAUUUGGUCAAGCAGACUGAUUAGUUUCUAAGGUAUAUGUGUUUCUUUCAAAGUUGAUAGUGCUAAAUUUUCUUAAUGAAAUGUUAAACCCACUUUGUUCCUUUGAUGUAAACCCACUAUGAACCUUAUGGGUAAAAGACCACAUGUACUAUUUGAAAAAGAUACUUUAAAAAAAUGUAUUUCCAACUUUGACCACUUAUAUUAAGUAAAUGGAUGUAUUGAAUAAACCAUUUUCCCUAUGCUCGUGAUGGAUUAUGAUGAAAUCCUAGUUUGAAUUAGCCUGUUACUUUCUGUAUAUUCUAAUGAUUAAAGUUUCCUUUAGGUCCUGAUUUUUAAGAGAAUCAGAAGUCAGCAUUUGAAGUAAAACAAUGGUUAGGUCUUUUUCAUAAUUAAGUAGCAUGUGACUAUUUUUAUACUAAUUUUGAUACCAUAUUCUUUUCAUGAUCUUAUUUUCCACUAUAAAAUGACUGGAAAGGAUUAUCAAAAUGCAGGUUUUAGAACCUGGGUUUUAAUAAGCAGAUUUGAAUUUAUCGGGCUGGUAGUUGCAGAAGUGAAACACCAGGGGGCACUCUUAGCAUUGGAAAUGAUUGACUUUUAUUUACUGUUUUCAUAGGAAAUUUUCCCAACAUUAAAAAAAAAAUGUUGAUCAUAUGCAUGUAUAUAGGAUAUUUUUACAGAACAAAAAUACUCUUAAAAGUGUCAUUUUCAGGGUGCUGGAGCGAUAGUACAGUGGGGAGGGUGUUGCCUUGCACACGGCCGACCUGGGUUCGAUUCCCAGCAUCCCAUAUGGUCCCCGAGCUCCGCCAGGAAUAAUUCCUGAGUACAAAGCCAGGAGUAACCCCUGUGCAUCGCCGGGUGUGACCCUGAAAAGGCAAAAAAAAAAGUGUUAUUUUCAGAAGUCAUACAUGUAAAUUACUGGUUUUUUAUUUUUAAUCACCAUAAGAUAACAGUUACAAAGCUUUCAUGUUUGAGUUUCAGUCAUAACAAUGAUUGAACACCCAUCCCUCCACCAGUGCACAUUUUCCACCACCAGUGUCCCCAGUAUCUCCCCCAUCCCACCCCUCACCCUGCCUUCGUGGCAGACAAUUUUCCCCAUUCUCUCUACUUUGGGGCAUUAUGGUUUGCAAUACAGAUACUGGGAGGCCAUCAUGUUUGGUCUUUUAUCUACUUUCGGCACACCUCUCCCAUCCCAAAUGGUCCCUCCAACCAUCAUUGACUUAGUGAUCCCUUCCCUGUACCAGCUGCCUUCUCCCCCAGCUCAUGAGGCAGGCUGCCAACUGAGGAGCAAUAUUCCUGGCCCUCUCUCUACUGUCCUUGGGUGUCAGUCUCAUAUUAUGUUGUUUUAUAUUGCACAAAUGAGUGCAGUACUUCUGUCUGUCCCUCUCUUUCUGACUCAUUUCACUUGUAAGCUACAAUUUUGAGUGGUUUAUAAACAGUGAAAUCUGACAUAACUGAAAAUUAAAUUUCAUAACUUGUACAAAUUGAGCCUUUUUUUCAAACUAUCCAUAAGUUUGGGAAAGAGAUGGGAAUAAUUUAAUUAAAAGAUGACUGAAUGAGCUUUAUUUAAGAAACAAAAUAAAAACAGCGUGAUGCUGGAGAACAUAUUAUACCGUUUAAUUUGUGUGCUAGGAUGUAUUUUGUAUGUACAGAUUUUUUCUUCCUUUUUUUAUUCAGAAUUUAGAUUUAGGCUUUUUGUUAUCAAUUCUAGCAAGAUGAAAUUUAAGGGCUUAGACUAGUUAGACUGUACUAGUCACAUUGAAAUCACACAAAACUGUAAGUGGAGAGACAUUACAUAACUCGUGGAGCUUCCAUUCUGUUCAUCUGCAAAGAACUUUUCAGUAAUGGAAAGGAAUGCAAAGGGGAAUACACCUUGUGACUUCAGACAACAAGCAAAUCUUUUUUGAUCUAAGUAUAACUUCCUUAAGUGUGCAAACUAAAAUCAAACCUUAAGAGACUAGGAAACACUAUGCAUAUAUAGUUGCAGUUCAUGUUUUUUUUAUUUUAUGGAGUUCAUGAAUACACAAUUGAGAAAGCACCCAAGACACACAUGGGCUUGUGAUGCUUCUAAGAAACCACCCUUGAGGAAUUGACUGUUAGUGAUUGUUUCCAUCAGUUUUCUAAAACUCAAAGGACAUUUAGGCUUCUGGACUUCUAAAGUGUUCUGUUAAAUUUAUAGUGUAUUUAGAACCUUCGUUUUACUAUACCAAGAACAGUCUUUACUCUGCAUCCAUAGAUUGUUCAUAAUAAGGAUGAUAAAACUCAAACAUGAGGUUUUCUGCUUCUCUGAAAAAACAUGGUUUGUCUAAAGAUUCUUUUAGAAUUUCAUCCAUAGCCCCAACUCAUUCACUGCUUUUUUGGGGGGGUUUGGGGGGGGGGGGUGUUUGCUUAUAUAGUAACAACCCAUUGAAGUACUAUUGUAUCCUAGAAUAUUUCAAAUCAUAAAGAUUCAAAUAGUUGCGGUAAAAUUGUAGCUCAACUAACAUUAGUUGGAGGGUUUUAUUAACAUGGCUUUAAUUUGAAAAAGGAAUAGUUCCAUUAAUUUGGUUGUAUUUCAAAUGAGAUAGUGGUCCUUGAGAAAAUUUUAUUUGGGGGACUUUUGGAUUAUUGAGUAUAAAAUGUACUAUAAAGGUAACUUUAAAAGCAU